CCCAUGGGCCUCCUGCCCGUUUCCAGGGUAACGGCAGGUGCCGAGGUCGGGCCCAGUCCUCGGGCUCGCCGCCGCCGCCGCCGCCGCCUCGUCCUCCAGCAGUGAGCGGCCGGGUGGCCGCCGGCACGGCGCCAUGUUGAGCAGGCUGAGCGCGUUGCUGCAGCAGGCCGUGGAGACGGAGGAAGAGCCGGUUCAGCUGCUGGAGUCCUUCAGAGGUCAUUGGAAAGGAAUCACCAAUUAUUACAUUGUGACCACAGAUGAAAAUCUUCCGGUGAAACAGACGGACAUCCCAUGGCGCCUGAGACAGAUGGUGGAUAUACUUGUUUACGAGGAGAAGCAGAGUGAAUCGGGAGAGACGGGACCAUGUAUGGAAUACUUCUUGCAGCACAAAAUACUGGAGACCCUCUGCACACUGGCCAAGGCGGGGUAUCCCCCCGGUAUGAAACAGCAGGUACUGGUCCUGGUCACCAAACUCCUUGGGCAGAUUCAGCAGCCGCUGCUGCCUCAUGUCAACGUGCACCGCCCAGUGCAGAAGUUGAUCUGUUUGUGUGGCGGGGACCCGGCAUCCAAUACGGAAAAAGAAGAAGCGCAGUUUCUAACCACAGUCUGUGUGAAAAUAAAGCAGGAUCCUUACCUGAUGAACUUCUUCAUAGAGAAGAAGAAUUUUGCUGAGUCCCAAAGAUCAUUGUCAUGUUCCUCUGAAAAGAGUGAAGUAGAGCAGCAAGAAGCUGAUUCAACACACGCAUCAAGAUUGAGUUUGGCAGCAGGGGCCAGCCCAUCGCACACUGACCAACCUGUGGCAGGUACAAGUCCCAAGGCCAAAGGCACUCAGCUGGAGAAGAACCUGCUUCAUGCUGUCCUCACCCUCACCUCAAGUCAGGAAAAGCGAUUUGCAUUGAAGGCCUGCGAAAGCUUGCUCCUGUUAGUCACGUUACCGGAGGACGUGACAGCACAGUACCUGGUCGAAGGCACAGCAUUAUGUCGAACACUGGCUGACCGACUGGCUGACCUCUACAGGCUAAUACCCGAAGCCACUGACCCGGGACAAGUUGAGUUGCUGGGGAGAGUGAACUGGCGUUCUGACAGUCACACAUUUCCUGAUGGGGCAGAUGCGGGAUUUGUGGUGUCCUUCCUCUCGUGGCUGCACUAUUGUGAUCAGCUGGUGGGAGAAGCCCACAAGACAACGGCUGCCGCUCUGGCCCGUGAGAUCAGGACUCGCUUCUUCCACAAGGUCUUAGAGCCACAACUACUACAGGUGUCGGAGAUGGGCAUCCUGUCCUCCACCGCACUGCUGACGGGGGUCCUGGCACACACCACAUCCCCCCAGCUGCUGGAUGAACUGGUUUGCUUUUUGCUGGGCGAUGGGCGACAGGCGGAGGUGCCAGUGGACUCAGGCCGUCCCACACUGCGCUGCCAGCUAAUAGAGCGUUGCAAUCAUCUGUCUGACGAGAUCAGCAUGGCCAGUCUCAGAUUCUUCGAACAGCUCCUGCAGAAAUCUCACGAGCACAUCAUUUAUAACCUGGUGCUGCGGAACCUCAGUGACCGUCGUUACGUCACGCACAACAGCGGACCCGAGGAAGCGGCUGCAGACAGUGAACUACUGGACGAGGCAGAGGAACUGGAAGAUGAUCCUUUCUUUACGGAUAUCUACGUCGGGAGCAGAUUCCCAGCCGCGGAUUGGCUGGUUGCACCAGCAACAACGCAAGCAGCAGCCAAAACCAAUGGAAAACCAGAGGUGAACAGAAUAGUCCACAGCUUUCUGUGUCUGGUUCCUGAUGCAGUGAAGACCUCGCACCUGGUGGCAGGCUCUGGAUACGACACCUAUCUCGUGGACGCCCAUCGAUCGUUCCAGGGAUGCUGCGCCAGGGCAGCAACGUGGAGUCGGCCUCAACGUCCUGGUGCUCAGGAACGCUGCCGUCCAGUUGUGGACUUUUACGAAGGAGACUUCCUGAGAAUGCUGCUGGACCGAAUGUCACAGAUCCUGCACCAGCCCUACGACUUGAAUCUUCAGAUAACAUCGGUGAUUUCAGAAGUGGCGCUCUUCCCUCACCCUCAGCUGGAUGAGUAUGUGCUGGAUCCAUACGUGAGCCUGGGCCCUGGCUGCAGGUCCCUCUUCUCCGUCAUUGUACGGGUAAUUGGUGACCUGAUGCAGAGGAUACAGAGAAUCCCACAGUUUGAAGCCAAGUUACUGUUGGUCCGAAAGCAGCUGAUGGGAUUGGAACCUGAAGACAUGGUGGAUCACGCUACCAUGCUGAAAGGAGUGAUCGUCUUAGAGGAGUUCUGCAAGGAGCUGGCUGCGAUAUCAUUUGUCAAAUACUCGCCAGAGCCUGACUAAUGCCCAGGCUGGGAGAUCAGAGCGUUGACAGACUACUGAACUGUACUACUGAAUGUGUACAUCAGCUCCCACUUCCCUGGAGCCUUGACAGUCCAUCCACCUGCUCUUAGUCAGCAGUGACUUCACAUCAUUGUGUUUUUAAGACUAUUCUUGCUUCCUUGAAAGAUUAACAUCCUGACUUUAAUGAUGAAAUAAAUCUGCAGUCAUGGGUGUGUGUGGGUAAGGUGUACAGCGCUGGGGAGACUUGUGACUCCUUGUCCAUCCAUGGACUCUGAUCUCCUGCCUGCAAUCCAUCCUCCGUCCUUUCCACAAUAGCCUCCUUUUCUGAAAUGCAAUCUUGCACUAUUAUCCGCUGACAAUUCUCCCUGCCUCUGGGUACACAAGGUGUAAGAUUAUGUUAAGUAAUUUCAGUGAAAUGUUUCAGCAUUUCUAAAUUGUCAGGAUGUAAAUGCAUGUUUUAUUUAUUUGUCUGUAAAGAUGAUUUAAUUAUAAGGAUGCCAGGUUGUUUCUAGAUGCAAGCAGCCUUUCAA